CACACACACACACACACACUUGGCUUAUUUGCAAAAGCCUUCUCCAAGCCAAACUCCACCCUGUUUCCUCGCUCAUGCAUUAAAGUGACGUGGCCUAGCCCCAGUAUAGCAGUCUGCAGGAGGACAGGGAAACCAAAAUAACGAGCUACCCUGGAUGACAGCCGCUCACCUGCUGCGAGGUUGGGCCUUUCCGCUGCCCAUGCCAGCCCAGCUCAGGUAGAGAUGCUGCUGGCGGUUGCUUUCUCGCCAGUGUUCUGUGUACAAAGACUCUUAUCUGCUGCAGGAGGAAGGCCCCGUGGCUGUUUCCCCCCCGACGUUACCGCUCUGUGGUCCCAGCCGUGAGACUUCUGUCGAAGCCGGAAUUGUGGCUCUGCCAACAACCUAUUGAGGCUUCUGUCUUUAAAACAAAUCUCUGAUUAGAGCCAGUAACUCAUUUCGAUAAAAGAGGAAAGUGCCUUGUUUCACCCCCAACGAUGAAGGCCAAAAGCAAAGGAGCCAAGCGUAGGCGCGAGGUCCACGAGGACGCCCCCCACCAAGAAGCAGCCCAGAAGAGAGAUGAGCUACUGAAAUGUUCACGGCGCCAGGAGAAGAGGAACAAAGCCAGCGCCAAGGCGGCUGCGCGGUCCACGAAGCUUCCCUGGAGCAAUAAAGACAGGCGGUUGCGGCGCCUGGAGAGCAACGAACGCGAGCGCCAGCGCAUGCACAACCUCAACAACGCUUUUCAGGCCUUGCGGGAGGUCAUCCCCCAUGUCCGGGCGGAGAACAAGCUGUCAAAAAUCGAGACCCUCACCUUGGCCAAAAACUACAUCAAAUCUCUCACCUCGACGAUCCUCCGGAUGUCCAACGGACACUUGCCUCCCGCCGUCGACGGGUCCAGUUCUGGCAGCAGGUCCAAACUCUACGAACAUUAUCAGCAGCAAUGUGGGGAAGAGGAAUCUACAGAGCAGCUUCAGAAAUAUUCGACCCAGAUCCACAGCUUCCGGCAAGGCAGCUAAAGCCAACUGCCCACCCUAGCUCAAGUUUUAUGUCUUGGAGAAGUUCCAAAGCUGUCGAGCGACUCUGUGUAAUUUCCCCCCUUUUUGUGACCCCACUAGAAAAAGUCUAGUUCUGAAGCUGUCUCAUUAGAAAAAGUCCGGUGACUUCAUCUAAUGACAAUACAUUUUUAAAAAGUCAGACAUGUUCAGAACUUGAUGCCUGUGCUAUUCAUCCAUCCACCUACCUGCUUCAUGACAUUACUGUAACAGUGGUACCCUUUCAGGGAAGAUGUUAGAAUGAUGUCUGGGUUUGGCCGGGAUCAGGGUAAAUGCUGUUUUUGAAUUGUGUGUUUGGUGUUUACCUGAGUUCGAGCCCAGUGGAAGUCGGUUUCAGGUCGCCAGCUCAAGGCCGACUCAGCCUUCUGUUAUUCCAAGGUCGGUAAAACGGGUACCCCGCUUGCUAGGGGUAAAGUGUAGACGACUGAGGAAGGCAGCAAACCACUUCGUAGUCACAGUCUGCCUGAUAACUUCACCCUGUGGGUCAGUGAUGACCUGUGCUUUCGCCCUUUUCCCCUUUCUGUCACUUUCUAGCUUUUGACUUGGUGGUGCUGGGGAAAAGUUCCCCCUGCGUGAAGCAGUAGCCCCCAAAGUGCAGAGCUAGAAGGACUGGAGAUUUGACUCGGCCCUAAGGCAGUUCUGUGUGAAGGGGAUGUUCUGUCUGCCAAGGUCAGAUUCUCACAUGGAGCCUUUCGCAUCACCCUGCUUCUUUUAACCGGAGAAGCCAGAGACGGAAGGUGGGAAUUUCAGCACUCGAAGCCACAUGCUCUGCCCCACGAGUCACGGAACUCACGUUCAAGACCUUCACGCCGGCCUGUUCAUCAGAUGUGGGGCUGAACUUGUAACACGUGGAAGGACUAUUUAAUAUUUAUCACUGUGCAACACUUAGCACUACGGAGCCUUGACAGCACUGGUGACAUUUUGUUAUAAGCUGUAAAUAAUUUUUAAAAAUGCUGACUAAUAUAUUUUUUCCUGCAAUCUGAAAAUAAAGAGGAUGUUUUGGUGGGGGUGGGGGUGGGGGUGUAUUCCUAAUCACUUUUUAAAAAUUUUAAUCAAAGCGCAAUCGAUUGACUUAAUUCUAGAUCAACAUGGUAUUGGGAAAAAAAUCAAGUGUGAAAUAGAAUUUGAAAAAUUAAAGCUGUUGUUAAAGGAAA